AGCUCAACUGCAGCGUCUGUGCCCCGACCCACUCCCUAAUCAGCCUCACCCUGCUGCCGACAUCAUACCGGACCAUCCUUCCGAGUGCCCUCUUCCUUCUUCUCCAACAACACUUUCACACUCCGUCAACAUUCACACCAUCACUCACACACGCCUACUUUAAUCUUCCUCGCUAUUCCUGUGCUGGCUUACACGUUCCGGUUCAACUAUACUCUUCGCCCACAAUGCCUGGCCACCUUCGCACUCGCUUAAAGCGCGUUCUUACUGCUGGCUCACACAAGAAUGCAAAACCAGAGGAGCCAGAAUCUGAUUUCUACAAGCCUGGCGAGAAGAUGCCUCCGCUAAAAUACCGUCGCGCCGUCGAUCCCGAACACAAGAAGAAACUCGAGGAAUUCAGCUUUUCGACAGCAUGGCGCCGGCACAGCAACGCCUCGCUGUAUUCACCCAUGGGUAGCAGGCUACCGAGCCGUAGGAGUAGUUUCAGGAGACGCAGCCGCAGUCGUAGUAUGCACCGAAGUCGGAGAGGAAGCUGCUCUUCAGACUACGAUGCUGAAGAGUGGGUAGACAGCGGCAUCGGAGCGAGCAUCGCUGGUGACGACAGGCCCGCAAAUAUCAAAGAGGCCUCCGACGACGAAGGCGACGUGCUCAAUGUCGGCCUCUCUCGCAAUCCAACCGAAGACCCUCGUGACGCUCGUCGACAAGCCGCUCGCCGCUCCAGUUCCGUUCAGCUAACAUCGAGACCCGCCACUGGCUCCGACCGCACUCGUAAUCCCUCACAACCCUUUUCAGCUGAAGAACUCGAGAUCGCGCUACAAAAAUCACACCUCGAGGCCACAAAAGAGGAGUCGGAUAAGAGUGCCAACGAGAGUCCUUUUGAGGACUUUGACGACCCAAGCCCCUUUCUCAGACCGCGUGGUGGAUCCAUUUACGUACCAUACAAUGGUCAGGGCACACCUCCAAAGCUGCCUUUCUGGGGCACUGCGUACCCCUCAUGUGACGACGCGCCCUCCGCUGGCCAUUUCUCGAGACGGCCAUCCGUUUUCCUUGCUUCUGAGGAUGGAUGUUGCACACCGCAGUACGAUCGCCGUGAAUCGUUCUUCGUGCCAAUGGAUGCUCCAGGCCUAACGCAAGCACGUCGAACUUCCGUCUUCGUACCCGCUGACGACGAGUGUGUAUGUCCUCCACCAGCUGCCGAAGCACCGAAACGCAAACCCCAGCCUUGUGCUCCAUGUGAUGCCAUUGCCGCAAUCCUCGCAAGGCCCGAUUGAUUUUCCUCUCUGCAUUAGCGUUCAUUUCACUGUCGAUAUUCGAUUCAUUCGGUCUGUACAUAUUGUCCAUUGCAUUUCUCUGGCGUUAUCUCCAUGUAAGAACCCUCUGAUUGGUUCCAUGUCUGCAAGCCAGGAUUUGG